AUAUCGUGUCUGUUUGUACUCUUUAAAGAAAGUAUCUAGCUAACAAUGGGAACAUGAUUACUACCGUAUGUCAACCACGAAGAUCAACAACAGAAACAUAACAUUAAAAUUAAAGCAGAUUUUGAUCUUGACCUAGAAUAAAUAUUUAGAUCUAGGUGUAGAUUUUAAUUCUAGGUCUGGCACUGGUACAUCUUUUUUUCGUUUUAAAGACAUGUGCAGUUGCUGAUGCAGUGGUGAACAAGGAACCUACCUUAGGGUCUCAGCAUCUGGGAGGGAGGGCUUCACACAAAUGUGGUGGGUGUAAAAAUAGGUUAUGUAGGCUAGGCUAGGGGUUAGGAAGUCAUUCGAUCGGUGAUCCUAGAUUUUUUAAAUUCUUAAAGUGUGAAAAUAUGGGUUCUGCUGCCACUGCAAACACAAAAAUCUCCUCUUUGGGCCUCUUUUUGUUCGUCUUUUGUGGCAUAUUUUGCUCAUCUUACGGUUUACGCCAAGAGUCGAGAACAUGGCUCAGCGUUUUCCCCUGUGGUGUGUGUUCCUGUACAAAACGGUCUUCCAACACAACAGAAAUUGGAGAGAUUAGCAUGAAUUGCUCAUCUAGAAAUUUAAAGGCACUCCCUACAGAUUUUGCGGAUGUUUUUCUGAACAGCUCUUUCGUUCUGAAAAUAGACCUGUCAAUGAACCCACUAUUGUCAGAAAGUAUCAGUUUGAGCGAUCAGGAAGAUCAGAAUUUCUGCCAGACUUUCCCUGACAUCGAGGACCUGUCACUGGCUUUUGAUGGGUUUGAAGAAGUUCCUAUUUUUCUGAAAGGGUGUAGCAAACUCCAGGUGCUGAAUCUGACCGGAAACUGGAUCUCCUCCGUGUCGGCUGACCAGUGGCGGGGUCUCCAUAGUUUGCGCGAGCUCCACGGCCUGGGUGUGACGUCACGUCUGUCUGUGUCUGCCCUCGCGCCCCUGGCCGGCCUUGAGGAACUGGAGCUGACCUUCACCGGGCGGCGUCUGGGGGCGGGGCUUGUCGCGGGAAACCACGCCCUUCGCCGGCUCAGCCUCACGGCCACCAAAGUGUCGCGGCUGCCGGGAAGUCUGUUUGAUAAUGGAAACGAGGCUCAGGGGAUCCGUGUCCUCACUGUCAACGGACCUUUGAGGCUGUCUGUCCGAGCCGUCCACCAGCUGACCACUGACCUAUCCGGUCUACACAACCUGGUCUCCCUCACGCUGACCCAGUCUCGUGACGUCACACGCCUCGUCUUACCCACGUCUGCCUCCCUGCGGGCCCUGGAAGUGUCUGGCUGCAGCAUGACGUCAGUACCACGUGGCUGGUGGCCAUCUCUGUCCGACCUCCGGUCACUGAACCUGCACAACAACGAGAUAGACACGUUGACCUCUCUGCCGGAAAUGACCAACCUCACCGACCUUGACCUGUCCCGCAACUUCCUGUCCGCCCUGACCCCGGGGUCACUGACCGGCCUGCCUGGGUUGACCUCUCUUAACCUUUCCCGUAACACCCUAGAGGCGGUCACACCCGGCUCGCUGUCCACUCUCCCUGCACUGACCAGACUAGACCUCAGCUGGAACUACAUCAAGGAAUGGAACCCCGGCCCUCUGGCGUCUCUCCAGGUUCUGGAUCUGAGCGGGAACUUGUUGACCGAUCUAAUGUGGUCUGAGUCCGGGCGCAGCUCUGAACUCAGGUCUGUGGAUCUUUCCGAGAACGAGCUGUCUGACUUCCCGCCCGACGUCCUGGGUCUGGCCAAUGUCCGAGUGGUCAGUCUAGGGAGUAACCCGCUGACCAGCGUGCCCGGCCGGGAGAUUUGUCAUCACGUGACCUCGCUGUCUGAGCUGGGGCUGGAGGCGACCUUGCUUCACUGUGACUGUCGCGUGACGGCCUUGGCUCGGUGUCGGGAGAAGCUACAGGUCAGAGGUCACUGUGCCGGACCCUCUGACGUCAGCGGUCAAGCGGUGGGGCAACUCCAGGCUUGUGUGGUGACCACUAUUCCACCAACCACCACUACCGCCACCACCACCACUACUACCACAACCAGGCGGCAGGACAUACUAAUACAAGCGUUUUCCCGAAAAGAAGGGUUCGAACCGCCAUCCCGUGGCGACAACAGACCAGCUCAAGCGCACCAGGCCACAUCUUUGUCCAGGCCAGCGAAAAAUCCCUCCGCCUCCAGGUCCCAACCUGUUGCGACGUCUAGGAAACAGAACAUCUCUCUGACAGGAAGUGGCAACAGCAAUACUUCCAUUCCCCCGCUAGUGGCAGGCAAAAACGUCCAACAAGCUGUCACCCCCACCGUCCUGUUUCUCUCUCCGCUUCCCGUCAAACACACGGUACAGCAAUCUACGACCUUCCACUUGAUGUCCCCUCCCGUGUUGACCAUCGUCUUGGUCCUGUUGGCAACGGUCGGCGUGACUGGAGUCCUGGCUCUGUCCGUGUGGGCUGUCCGGCGCCGCCUGACCACCGGGCACGGGGAGAUUUCGUGUGGGUCUGAGGACGGGGGGCUGGGGUCAGAGAAAGACCGCUGGGCCGUGGCUGGGCCAGGCGAUGAGAUGAGCCGGCCUGCGGGGCUGCAGGAAAGCUCUGUCUGAAACUCGGGCAUUGUAAGACAAGAUAAUUAUAAUUUACAUUAGAUCUAUAUGUGGAACGGCGUGGUGGAAUCAGGCUCUCGUCAUUUUUUGGCAUGUCAAGUUA